CGACGCCCGUCACAGGUGCAGCAGGAUCUUCUCCACGGCCCUCUCUCAGGAAAUCCUCAACGCUGAGUUCGCUCUCUCCCUUGCCCUUGUCGGAGACUCAUUUUUUGAGUGAACGGCUUCUGAAAAAGCGGCUCGCCAAACGCAUGCAGGCAGCUCAGCAGAGGAGACUGCCGAUUCAACCAGUGGUUUUAGAGUACAUUCGAGAAGGCGUCGAAGAGUUUUUGGCGAAUUUGAUGACACAAUUUCCAUCAGAGAAUCAAAUGUGCUGGAAAGAGAUGUUGCAAAUUCUAGGAAGGCUAGAAAUUUUUGGAGAUUCUUCUGGCGCUGGCAGUUUCGACAUCCCCCCAGACGUGGC